GACAGUAACGCUGGUAGACCACUUCAUUUGAAGAGAAAUCUAAUCCAUGCGACGCACUGCCUGAGCUUGUCAACAGGUUUUCCUCUUGAGCCUUCUAUAGUCAUAUCUACUAUCUGAUCGUUAGGACCAUGGCCCAUCCCAGCAUUCAAAAUUUCUUGGACUGCAAGAGUCAAUACGUGUCCAAUACAAACCAUCCGAUAAACAUGAACUUGAGCAUGGGAAUGGUCACUUUGCCGAAUAAGCUCCUCAAUCUUCUCAACCGUUUUGAGCAUGUAAUUAGAAAGUCAGUCGUAAUGGCAAAAAUAGAACCAGUCAAGUCCAAUUUCCGAGUGCGUCGACAAAGUAGUUGCCAGAUUACCACCUGUCAUACACCUUUUAAACAUGCAAAGCAUAAAUCGCUAAUCGGCAAUAGAGUUACGGAAGAAUAGCUGAAUGUGAUCCCAGAACUGGGCUAAGAACUAUCAGCACACCUUUUUUUUUUUCAAAAUCACAAUCUAUUCAACGAGCUGUUGUUCCGAGGUAGGAAACUUUCCAGGACUUUUCCAAACAUCCGUAGUAUAGCUUAUCCAUCCUGUGCCUCAAGUAUUCUCUUGGCUUCUUCAACCUUCAGAUCAGAUCAAAAUAGCGGAAGAUACGGUUGCGGAGAGUUUCCACGCCGGCCAUUUUGAUCUCGGCAUGAGCGCUAAGCCGAGCGUAAUUUAGUAACCUUCUAAAGCUUGGCUUUUCA